AUGACCCCGGGGAGGGGCAGCUGGGCGGACCCGGCCGGGAGCCUCGGUGCUGUGCGGGGCGCGGGCGGAGCGGGGUUUGCGGGGCUCCCGGGAGCAGGAGCCCGGAGGGCGGGGGGUGGAGAUUGGGGAGGGGGAGGUGCACCAGGCUCCUCGGUGCUGCCCCUGGCGGCCACCGGAGGCAAUGCGGCUUCCCCCAUCCACCUCCCAUCUCCCCCAGAUCCACCACAACUCCUGUAUCUUUUCAGAGCAGUUCUCACAGGGACGUCCAUCGAAUAUGGCAUGACAAGAUGUGCGCUGUGCCUGGGACAGAGAGUUAACACGGAGGGAGGAUCUGUACCAAGGCCUUCCAUCUCUGCUGAGCCAGGCCGUAUCAUCUCCCAAGGGCGUUUUGUAACCAUUGUGUGCUCAAACCCUAGUGGGUAUGAUUUGUUCCGCCUGGAGAAAAAAGACCAAACAGUCGUGGAAAAUGUGAACACUUCCCACUCUGUGACAGAGGCUCGAUUCCGCCUUGGCCCAGUGAAUGAAAACACCGCUGGACCAUAUACCUGUAUCUAUUGGAAAGGGUCUAUCUGGUCCCCACGCAGUGAGACCCUGGAGCUGAUAGUAACUAGAGAAGUUGUCACCCAGGCUCCUGAGCCAGGCCCAGCAGUGACCUCAGCAGGCGAAUCGACAGAACUAGGAAAAACCACCUUGAAUGAGGAGACCCACAAAGACAACCAUGACACAUCUUGGCUGAAGACCAAUGGCAUUUAUAUUCUCAUCGGUGUCUCUGUGGUCUUCCUCUUUUGUCUCCUCCUCCUCCUCUUCUGCUUCCAUAGUCGCCGCCGUCAGAAAAAACAGGGGCCCCCAAACAGCAAGAGUCAGCAGCAGCAGAGGCCACAAAAGAGGCUCAGCCUAGUUACUAAUGGUCUGGAGAACACAUCAGACGUAGUCACAGACGACAGGCUUCCUGAGGACAGGAGGGCAGAAACCCAGGUCCCUGUUGCAGGAGGUCUUCAGGAGGUGACAUAUGCCCAGCUGGACCAUCACGCCCUCACACAGAGGACAGCUGGAGCUGUGACCCCACAGAGCACAGACGCCAAGCCCGAAUCUAGCACAUACGCAGCCAUCAUCAGAUGCUGACCCUGGGCACACCUGGAGACGAGCACAGUCACUACUGGAAGAGCCCAGUGCAGCCAUUCAAGGGCUCCUUUUAGGAUCACUCUGCUGUGGAAAGCAAGCCAGCCAGUUCUGCUUGAAGCAGAAACUAAGCCCUGCAGGCUCCUGUUCUCCAUCUAGGACUGUAGUGUCAGUCCUUAGAAAGACCAUGUUGCAGGAAGAGUACCAGUUACAAUCACCUAACUAUUUCCAGAGACAGAGUUUCAGCCUGUUAGCUAUUUCUAAAGACUCUUCCAUAGCCCAGAUUAUUUAGUGAACGACACUAUAACUGUCAAGCUGCCUCUACACCCCCGCUUGUGUAAUGAGUCCAGUGAAACCUUGAAGACUUCCUUGGGUCCCCAUGGUGACUCUGAUUGGGUUGUAUUCAUGCUGUUGAAAGCUAAGCUGCUUCUCUGCAUCAAGCCUCAUGGGUACAUCAUGGGUAAUUUUGAAGACAGAGUAUCUACAACCUGUGUGGGUCUUAGACACACAGGCUCUAAUGACCCAAAUUCUAUCUCUACUGCUGUGCAGAGAUGAGUGGGAAACGAGGGCUAUAAAAGGUUGUUACGAUUUCCUUUUUUCUUUAAAAUAUAUGUGUAGUUGACCAAGA